GGUACCGGACGUAUAGGCUGGUACCUCUCGUAAUAAUGUUCAAUCUGCAUGGAAAGUACUACCGUGCAAGCAGGAACAAGACAAAGUUAGAAAUGGCCGACGACAGCAGAGCCGAACGAAUUUUGUCAGAUUUGUGCGGCGUUUUACGAAGAGAAAAGAACAUAAGUGAAUUUGGAUUUGUCUACUGCCCAGAGCCAUUGUACAACAAGAGUCCCAUCAUAUCAAUUGAUGGGAACUUGGGCAUUGAAACGUGGAGCAUUAAGCCUCUCUACUUCCACGCCUACUCACAACUCUUCCACCACAGGCACAGACCUCAUGACUUGAAAAGGGUGAGUGAUUGCAGCAUGGCCGUUCUCCUGCUUAACCCUGAAUGUCUGUCUGCAUGGAAUCUCAGGAAACAACUCAUAUUGAACAAGUACUUAAAAUCUGAGGAUGAAUUGAACCUUGCCCGGCUAAUCCUGUCCAAGCACCCCAAGAGCCCAGAGACAUUCAGCCAAAGACGGUGGCUGUUGCAACAGUUAUGUCCAGUGAUCAGGCGUCGAAAGGACACCAUCUCCCAAAGUGAAAGCAAGGACGACAAUCCCACAGCAAUGGAUCCAAAUGCUGCCAGGAGAUUGCAAGAACAACUCGAAGAGAACGCUGCCAGACAGCCACCCGUGGAAGACGAGACAUUGAUGAGGCUUGUCAGGGCCGAAAUGGACGUUUGCGCCCUAGCUGCCGGACGGUACCCGAGCAACUACAAUGCCUGGAGCCAUAGGAUAUGGGUUGUUGAGCACCUAGCUGGUAGCCCGCCGCAGUUUGUGAGGUCCGAGUUAGCAGCCACCAAGCCAUGGGUUUCUGCUCACAUAUCUGAUCACAGUGGCUUCCAUUAUCGGCAGUUUCUACUCGGUGCGUUGACGGGACUUCCCCAACCCACCCGCCCACCAUCCCCUGGGUCUGGCGUGGGGUCUCGCGUGGGGUCUCGCGUGGGGUCUGACGCUGGUUGGCCCGGGGGUCUGGUCCUAGAGGAGCUGCAGCUAAUCCUGGAGCUGGUGACGUCCUACCCUGGACACGAGGCUGUUUGGUACCAUAGACGAUUUGUAAUUUACCUGUGGAAGACUCUUCUAUGCAACGGAAUUUCAACAGAAUUAGAUCAAGUCUCUCAUAACGCUCGAGCUCUUAGUGGCAUUGAACCAUCCGACAUGCGUGAACCAUCCCCGAACAGACCCUCAAUCAAGGAUUGCCCAAUUGCAGAUCAGUUGCAUGGAAAACGACCGAGUGAGAACCAACCAAUUGGGAGUCACGCACCGGGACAAGAACCGAUUGAGAACGGCCAAAGUGAGGCCUCUGCUCCCACUAGGGGAGAGGAUUCUCAAACGGGCACAGUAGAAGAUGGCCUGAAACGAGGAAUCAUGUUCUCUCCGAUGCCGCUCGCGUCAAAUUGCUCCCACGAUGCCUCCUUACUUCAUCUCCCCGGAAAGCACAUCUCAGAUCAACUGCCUCUACAACAGACCUCUUUCCAGGACAUGACUACCUCCCAAGUACCGCAGAGUAAGCCAGUGGUCACAGUUAGCGCCACCGCUAACCCCUCAGCGCCCAGUGAAGUUCACUGGCUCGUCCAGCACGAGAAGAGAUUCGUUGACAUCGUGGUAGACGGCACAAUUCCAGCGGAGAAAGCAGCGCAAAAGAGAUGUGCCGAAAAUUACUGCCGAUGGCUGGAAAGCUUACAUAUCCAGUAGC